UUUCUUUUCUCUUUUUCUAUUCUUUUCUCCCUUCUUCCUCCCGCGUCCGAUCCCGGCCAUCCGUCCCGCCUCGCCGCCGAUCCCUGCUCCUCAGAUCUGCCUCCGCUAUUUGCAAAAGAUGUCAGGGCAAGGUCAGCGUUUGAAUGUGGUUCCUACUGUCACAAUGUUGGGAGUCAUGAAAGCCCGGCUUGUUGGUGCUACAAGAGGCCAUGCUCUUCUCAAGAAGAAAAGUGAUGCCUUAACCGUGCAAUUCCGCCAGAUUCUUAAGAAGAUAGUCUCUACUAAAGAGUCAAUGGGCGAGAUUAUGAAAACCUCAUCAUUUUCCCUGACUGAAGCCAAGUAUGUUGCUGGUGAUAACGUCAAACACAUUGUCCUUGAGAAUGUCCAAAAUGCAUCUCUGAAAGUUAGAUCACGACAGGAGAACAUUGCUGGUGUGAAGCUUCCCAAGUUUGAGUACUUCACUGAAGGUGAGACAAAGAAUGACCUGACUGGUUUAGCCAGAGGGGGACAGCAGGUCCAACAGUGCCGUGCUGCUUAUGUAAAAGCAAUUGAGGUUCUUGUUGAGCUUGCUUCUCUUCAGACAUCAUUCUUGACACUUGACGAGGCAAUUAAAACCACAAAUCGUAGGGUCAAUGCUUUGGAGAAUGUUGUGAAGCCAAGGUUGGAGAAUACAAUUAGCUAUAUUAAGGGGGAGUUGGAUGAGCUUGAAAGAGAGGAUUUCUUCAGGUUAAAGAAGAUACAAGGUUAUAAGAAAAGGGAAAUCGAGAGACAGGUUGCUUCCGCCAAGCUAUUUGCUGAGGAGAAGUUUGCAGAGAAGAUUUCUUUGGAAAGAGGGGUUUCCCUCGGUGCAGCACACAAUCUGUUGUCUGCAGGUAUGGAGAAGGAUGAUGAUAUAAUUUUCUAAUUCAGAUUUUAGCUUACAUAUUGUGUUUUAGGCUUGUGUUGGUUUGGAUAUGGUGCCCAUGGUAGAAAUUUCCCGGCCUGUAAGAUGGAGAUGGUUCAAAUAAAUGCUAUGCAUGUAAGGUUCAAUUUAUUUUGUAUUAACUUAUCAGAGUUUCAUGGUAUCAAUGCUAUCAGGCAUGAGUUGGAUAUAUUUUUAGCUGAAGUGGAAGUAAUAGAAGUUGUAUCAUGAAGGAGAGAGCUAUACUUCUCCCGCUAAGACUGCAUUUUCUCGUGGCAUACUCAUUUCUCCGGUAAUAUAUCUAUUUUAUUAGAUUUUCAAGUUUCUUAAAAACUAGGAAUUAACUCAAUUUUUUUUU